AAAUAAGAGCUGGGUGCUCAAGUCACAAUUGACUUGGGGUAUGUAAAUUUUUGCUUCAGGAUUUCAGGUUGACUGCUCUGAAGCCAAAACAAUUCAGACAUCAAUAUUUGAGCGUGGUGUUAAAUCACACUAUAAUCUGCAAAAGAAGAGAAAAUCCUGAGACUUGCAGCUUCUCCUUUUGCAUUCUUCAAGUUCUGUGUUCAGCAUGAGUCUGAUUGUAUAUAUAUGAUGACUUUUAUGUGGCAUACACUGUGCUGUACAUAUAAAUGGGGCUAAAGGUCUAUAUUAGAUGCUAUCCACACCAGCAGGAAGACCUUGUCAAAGUGGAAGAAGACCCCAUUUUGCCUAUUAGAGUUGCAAAUAAUUUGUUAUAAAAGCCAUUUUGGUCAUUUUGACAAUUCCCUUUAUCAUAUUCUGCCGACUGAACCUGUGCAAAGUCUCCCACACAUUGAACCAGAAUAACGACAUAUUUAAUGUUCGAGUCUCACCGCCAGUAGUUACAUAGUUUGGACAAAUAUCAAAUAUACAUAUAGCACAUCAACUCAGUGUGCUGAUGUUAAAACUGUAGUCCUUCUACAAAAGACAAAAUUCUGAUAGUCUCUCACACUAUCAUUUUUAUUAUUUAUUGUCAACACUUAAAACAAACACGUUUAAAACAUUGUGUAAAACCUAGGCUAUACAGAACAAAUUAUACACAUUACAUCGGGUACAAACCAGUACACAACUCAAUACAAGAGAGCUGAUAACAAGGACAAUUUUAAAUGUAAAAAAAAAAUACAUUAAGCAAUUUACUGAGAAAAAUAAACAUUUUAGAUGAACUAAAUUAAACAGCAGACAAACCUAAGCAGAGAACAAUUAAUUACAGGGGGCUUCAUUCAAAAUAUUUCUAUAAUAUUCAAUAGACUGAUUGCUUCUAUAUUGUUUGUAAGAAAAAUAAAAAAAGGUUGGUAAACUAAAAACCGUCCGUUCCAAAUAAAAGAAAAAGAAAUUAACAACAGUUUAGUGACGUGUCAUUCACAUUGUCAUAGUAAGAAAUGACAUCUUUUAGAGUAAAACAGUGAGUAACAUUGGUGUAAUUGAAAACAUCAAUGCAUAUACAUAUAUGAUCAAAUGUUUCUUGUAGAGAUCCUUAGCUGUGUCUGUGGAUGUUGAAAUUCAAUCAUAAUUUUUUGAGAUAUGUUGUUUGAAAGUUUUGAAUGCAAUAGAUGAAGCAAAAUGAAAUGACUGUUGGCAUUUCAUCAUUGAAAACGCAAUGAAUGCACAACACUGACUCCAUGUUAUUGAAAAUUCAAUGAUGAUUCAGAUUUUUCCAUUUCAACGUUGAAUCGAUGUUAUGUUGAUCAUCGAAUUUUCAACCACCACAAAUAUGAUUUUUCAAGGAAACGAUCAAAGUUUCAAGUCAAGAGCAUGACGUCACUGGCCCCCUCCCCCCACAGUUUUGACCGCGCCUGCGCCACCUCUGGACACGCCCCCUCCGUCCUUUGCGAGCCAUGUGGUUGUGGUUGGUAAAUAAAGAUUUCCGCUAAUUCUCAACCUCUGAUCUUUGUUAUUUGUCUCUGAGCUCAGCACCGACGAACAUGUCCGCGGACGUAGUGAACCUGCAGGCCCAGGUGGAGUCGGUGCUGGUGGCGCUGGUCAAAGCGGCCACGGUGGAGUUGACCAAACUGUUCGAGAGCAGGUACCGAGCCUCGCCCGCUGUGGCCGCGGGCCGCACCGAGGACCAGAGGGAACACGACACGCUGGGGACACCGGCCGGUUCGUCUGCUGCGGACACUAAACGCAGCGUCGGGGUGCAAGUGGACGGGGUUAUUUAUCCGCAGCUGGAGCUUCCUGGUCCCCCCUUCCUCUCAAAUGGUGAUUGUCUGACGGAGUGCAAUGAGGAGCUGGCUGUGGUGGAGGGCCGCCCCAUUCCAUCAGAAAUCCUCCUGGCUGGAGAUUAUGACCAUGUGGACCCCAAAUGGUCGCCUCUGAAGGAAAAACUUUUGGCAAAGACUGUGGAUAUGGUGGAGCUGAGCGUCCUUGAACCCGAGUCUCCAGCUGAUAGUGAAUCCAAAACAGAAAUUGUUUUGCAUGUGUGUACGGACACAACCAUGCAGAACUCAACUACAACAACCCAAAAGCCUCUCGACAUCCUGCCAGACACGAGUGAUAUAACUUCAGAGAAGAAUGUGAAGUUUGUUUGCCCGUUGAAACUUAAACCGGAGCCACAGCAGACCUGUGUGAGCACUGCCCAGGGCACCGCCUACAGUCCGUCCCCGUCGGAUGGAGCUCUUCACGUUAGGGUUUGGGAACAGUUCCAGGCGCCAAAGGAGACAAAGAACAGUCUUCAGAUGAAACUGAAGUUGACGUCGCCAGAUCAAAAGCUGCUGAGUCCUUGUGUGGUGCAGCUGGUGGAUGUGCUCAUGGUGCCUCUUUCAGAGGCAAAGCUCCAAGAUGAUGUUGCCAACCGCAAAGCUGGUUGGCGUCUGCCCAAAGAUCUCCGUCGCCACCAAGGCCUCCACACAGGCCAUCGCCUCUGCUGUUUCACCCCAUGUGAUAACGGCAUUUGGCGCCUCCAAACGGUCGUCACUCACUCCCGCGAGGGGUACACGUGCAGCGUCUGCGGGAAAACAUUCAAACACAGAAAGAUUCUCCGGCGGCACGAGCGAUUCCACACUGGAGAUAAACCAUACCCAUGUUCAGUGUGCUCAAAGACGUUUGCGCUCAGGAAGAGCCUCCGCCGACACUUUCGAUUCCACAACGGGGAGAGGCCGCAUACCUGCACACAGUGCAGCAAAAGCUUCCGCCUGCGUGAAAAUCUGAAAUCACAUUUGAGGUUUCACAGCGGAGAAAAGCCUUUCAGCUGCAGCACCUGUGGGAAGAUGUUCAGGAUCAUGAGGAAUCUGGAGAAACACAAUCUGAGCCAGUGUGGAUACUUUGUCCCUUCAUUUAAGACGCUCGCUGGCAUGUAGCUCCUGACGGUGGCUCCGCCAUUUUCUACCUCAUGCUAACCUCGUUCAGACCCAUUAGCGUCCAUCCUGAGUGAUCCGAUCACAAGUGGUCGGCACUAAGUUCAAGUCUGAACACGCCCAAAUAUGUCCUGAGAUCUGAUCACUCAAAGCACAUUGGGAGGUGACCUUGGACGCAUGUGGCAACAUUCUUUUCGCUGCGGGAACGCGAAUGUCCUUGUCACACACAGCGGACGACCUACUCAGCUACAGUUUCACCAUGAAUCAAACAUAUUUUUGUGCUUUUUAAGCCACAAUCUCAACACUGAACCACCACAUAAUGCUUUAUAUAUAAUUGACAAGGGUAAAAUCUUUCUUCACACACAGAACAUCAACUCAUGCGGCCCAUCCUGACUUGGAUUGCUCUCUUUCCCCAUCUCUCUCUCGCUCACGUCAACACACAUGCACACAAACACACACACAGUGAUAACAGGCAACAUAAUUUGGUCUUUGCGAACACAAAAGAUUUCUAUGAUUAUUUGCAUAAGGAGCGGAGAAGUGAGAUCCGAUCACAAGUGGUAACAGGUGUCAUAUUCGGGAUGUAUUCAAAUACCACAGACAAACUUAAUGCUGUCCACUUGUUUUUCAGGUCCCUCAGGACGUUAAUACCAGGUUGAGAUUGACAGCCAUUCCAAAAAGUUUUAUAAUCCUCACAGUUGCAGUUUGAUGGAGAUUGUCUACUUUUUUCGGGGGGGGAUUUAUGCUACUGAUGUUUUUGACUUAUUGUUCCUGUAUUUCUUAUUUCUAGCCAUGUGGUUGCUCCCUGUUAUUGUAAACAAAUAGUGGGACGGGGACUGUGAGUAGAGGUUUUACGCCUUUUGAGUUAAACAGAUCCUCACCUGCCGAACAUUCCUGUGUCAAAGUGACGGAUAAAGUUAUUCCACUGAUGUUUGUAUUUGAUGUCUGUAUUCUUUUCUCGUCUUUUACUACUGAAUGUAUGUAGUCUUCCCUCUUCCCUUGACCUUGUAGCUGGUUUCAUGUUUAAAAUAAACCCACAAAUAUUGUAUGUUAUUUUUUAAAAGACUUUUAUACUAUACAUUGAUAAAUUGUUAUUGUCUUUUUACACUCUUCAUUCUAUACAACAUUAUUAUUGUGCAUUGAUACAAUAAAACAAAUUCUGGCAACUA